GCCAUAUUGAUGGCUCACAACACCGAACACUCCUGAUGCCGGCAAUCAUGGAAAAUCCCGGCCAAGGUAGAUGUGGAAAGGAUGUUUCAUCUCGUGGGUUGUUAAUGGAGAGCUGGUCGAAUGACAGCCGGGACUGUGGUGAUCACAGGUGGAAUAUUGGCUACAGUUAUUCUGCUCUGUAUAAUCAUCGUGUUGUGUUAUUGCCGCCUGCAGUAUUAUUGCUGCAAGAGGGAGGAAUGGGAUGGUGAUGAGGAGGAACCAGAUUUUGCAGUGCACUCACGUCUGCCGGCUGCUUACUACAAUCACAGCGCUGGAAAUGGACUUAACUUCAGUUCUAUAGCCUACCCCCAGGAUCACUCUCAUCCUGGAGCUCUCUGUUCCCACUGCAAGCCACACUUCCAUUGCCAUCAGAUUGCAGAGAUUGGGAAUGGAGGUGAGAGUGUGAGCUAUAACACUGUGAGUGAAGAGGAGUUGGAAAUGCUAACAAUUCCCAAGGACCUGCCCAUGAGCAGGGCCAAGCUGACAAGAGAUGCUUUCAGCAGAAGUCGAAGUAUCAGCACUGAUGUAUGAAGAUGUUUGUUACUCAAGGGUUUAUACAACAGCAGUUGUAUAAACAAGGCCACUAGUUUAUGUCUUUCAUGGGAAAUGAAUGGAAUCAUUGAAUGUGAUUCCUGAAACACCAAUAAAAUUCUUGCAAUCCCAAAUGAUAGAAACAGAAUCGGUUCA